GAGGGGCGGCGGUGAGAGGGGUCCGGGAAGGUCCUGGCAGGCGGGAGAAGGAUUCUGGUGGACAGUGCCUCACCCAAGCCAUGGCCACACGUCUCAGAUCGGCUGCCAGGACCUGCACUGUCAUCGGGGGCUCGGGUUUCCUGGGCCAGCACCUGGUGGAGCAGCUGCUGGCCAAGGGCUACAGUGUCAACGUCUUUGACAUCCAGCAGAGGUUUGAGAGCGAGCAGGUGACCUUCUUCCUGGGGGACCUGUGUGACAAGGAGGCUCUGCUGCCAGCCCUGCAAGGAGUGUCCGUGGUGUUCCACUGUGCAUCACCAGCCCCUGCCAGUGACAACAGGGAGCUGUUCUACAAGGUGAAUUUUAUGGGAACCAAGGCAGUCAUUGAAGCCUGCAAAGAAGCUGGAGUGCAGAAAUUGGUGUUGACCAGCAGUGCCAGUGUAGUUUUUGAGGGCACAGACAUAAAAAAUGGCUCAGAAGAUCUCCCCUAUGCACAGAAACCUAUUGAUUACUACACAGAGACCAAGAUCCUGCAGGAGAAGGAGGUGCUGAGUGCAAACGACCCAGACAACAACUUCUUCACCACUGCCAUCCGUCCCCAUGGAAUAUUUGGUCCCAGAGACCCUCAGCUGGUUCCCAUCCUCAUCCAGGCAGCCAGGAGUGGCAAAAUGAAGUUUAUCAUUGGGGAUGGAAAGAACCUGGUGGAUUUCACCUAUGUGGAGAACGUGGUGCACGGGCACAUCCUGGCUGCAGAAAAGCUGCACAAAGGCUCUCCCCUGUGUGGGAAGGCCUUCCACAUCACCAACGAUGAGCCAAUUCCCUUCUGGACCUUCAUGUCCCGGAUCCUGACCGGCCUGGACUACGACCCCCCCAAGUACCACAUUCCCUACUGGCUGGCCUAUUACCUGGCCCUGCUGCUGGCCCUGCUGCUGGCCCUGCUCAGGCCCCUGGUGACCAUCAAGGCCACCUUCACGCCCAUGAGGGUGGCCCUGGCUGGGACCUUCCACUACUACAGCUGUGAGAGGGCCAAGAGGGCCAUGGGCUACAGCCCCGUGGUCAGCCUGGACGAGGCCAUUGCCAGGACUGUGCAGAGCUACCCCGACCUGCGCCGGCCCAGGGCCUGACAGCCCUGCCUGGAGCCCCUCCUACCUGAUUUCCAUCAUUCCUGGCAGCUUCACGUGGAGCAGACAUCACCAAUUCCCAGGAACCAGGAGUUUUCUGCUCCUCCUCGCCGUUCCCCCGCUGUGGGAGCUGUGCUGGCAGUUUGUUUCUUGGAUGUGACUUGUUGUUUGGGAAGAGCUGCUGGGCUCCCUGGGCUGUGAAUAAACACCCUGCUGUGCCCUCUUCAAUCCCAAGCAGGCACACCAGCAUUCCUGCUCCCCUCCCUCCACCCUCAGCUGUGUUUUGUUGCUCUGGUGACAGCAGCCACCCCUUCCCGGAGCUGCUGGGUCACAAACACUUCCCGUGGCUCCUCUCUGGGCUUUCCUUUGCUCUCCCGUGCCACAAAGGGGUUCUGCCACCAUCUCUGAAAUCAUUGCAGCUCUUCUGAUCUCCCUCCACGAUCAGGGGGUGAUUUGGCUUCCCCUGAGGCAGCAGAAGGAACCCAUAAGGAUUCCUUUGUCCAUGCAGGAUUGAUUUCUGGUCCAGAAGAACCCAAAUAAAUCACACAGGGGUGACUUCCCAGCUCUGUGUCCCAUAUCUCAGCACAGAUCCCUCUCUCAGCACAAACAGGAUUUUAAUUUCCUUUUUUUUAACUUUCCCUUUUAGGGGCAGAGAUCUUUGGGAGCAGCCUGUUUUACCACAGCUCCCUUCCCACAGGAUCUGCAGUGCUGGGAAGAUCCAGGCUGCUCCUCCCUGCCCUGCCAGUGCUGCUCACGGGGAUUUUUGGUGCUCAGUCCAUGAAAAAACCUCUUUUCCACAAGGAAAUGGAUACAAAGCAGUGGUCCCCGAGCUAUUUCCUGUGACUUUUUGUGUAUUAAAUGUUCUCUGCCCUCUAA